AUGGAAUUGGAUCGAGGAUUCGGGAAACUGGCCGUUUUAAUUGCAAAAUAUGGCAAACACAAACUCAACAAAUAUUUAGGAGAUACAGAGCAACAUGAAAUUGCCCUUACAAAAUAUGGUCGGGUACAGGGGCGACAACGUAAAAAUAUUUAUAACGAAUUUGGUACGUAUUAUGCCUUCGAGGGAAUACCGUAUGCCAAACCGCCUUUGGGAGAUUUAAGAUUUCGAGCACCACAACCACCCGAACCAUGGCGAGGAAUACUGAAUUGUUUUAGUUGUAAACCGAAACCCGUACAACUUAAUUUACAGACAAUGUGGUGGGAGGGGUCGGAGGAUUGUUUGUAUUUAAAUGUCUACACAAAAAAGUUCAAAAGUGAAAACCCCCUACCCGUUAUGGUCUGGAUUUAUGGUGGAGGAUUUCAAGUAGGCCACUGCGACUACGCAAUAUACGCUCCCGAUAAUUUUAUGCAAAAGGAUGUGGUGUUUGUGAGCUUCAAUUAUAGAUUAGGCCUGUUUGGCUUCUUAUGUUUCGACGACCCACAACUAAAUAUACCCGGUAAUGCUGGACUAAAAGAUCAGGUUAUGGCCCUUAAGUGGGUUAAGGAGAAUAUACAUCGUUUCAAUGGAGAUCCCAAUAAUAUUACAGUUUUUGGACAAAGUGCCGGAGGAGCGUCUAUACAUUAUAUGAUGUUAUCGCCCAGAUUGAGGGGACUCUUUAACAAGGCUAUAAUCCAAUCUGGUUCAGCAUUUGCCCCUUGGGCCAUUACGGAUCGUCAUGAUUGGGGUUAUAAAUAUGCCCGAGUGUUGGGCUAUCGCGGAGAGUGUAACGAUAAGCAGGUCUACGAUUAUCUAAAACAACAAAAUUCUCGUCGUUUGGGUUUAUACUAUCACUCGCUAUUGACAAAGGAACUGAUGGUGGAUCAUGUUAUAUUCUUUUUUGUACCAGUUGUGGAACCAUAUAUCACAGAGGAUUGUAUUAUCAGCAGACCUAUAAUGGAAUCACUUGCCACUGCUUGGGGUAAUGAUAUACCACUGCUUAUUGGUGGCACCUCAUCGGAGGGAUUGUUGGUGCAUGCGGUGACCAAAAAACAUCCUUACUGCAUCAAUGGCUUGGGUGAUUUUGUCAAUUUUCUACCUAAAGACUUACAACAUUCACGCCACUAUGAGGAGCUCAAGAAAUGUGGUGAGAAGCUAAGAGAAAUUUAUUUCAAAAACAAAGAACCCAACUUUACAGAAGAUAUAAUCGACUUUUUACAUAUGUUCGGUCAUAAAAUGUUUUGGCAUGGUAUAUUCCGGACAAUGAGAGCCCGCUCUAAAUAUGGUGAAAAUAAUGCACCGACCUAUUGUUAUCGUUUUGAUUAUGAAUCGAACAGGUAUAAUCCAUAUCGUUCUCUAAGUUGCGAUGACACGGUGAAGCAAGGAGUAUGUCACAGUGAAGAUUUGUCUUAUUUAUUUUAUAAUUUUCUAUGUGGAAAAAUGCCUGUCGGAGGAAAAGAUUUUAAAGUGAUGCAAAAUAUGAUUUCGAUUUGGUAUAAUUUUGCAUUGGCGUCUAAUCCAAAUUGUGAGGAAAUUACAGGUGUUCGGUGGGAGGAAGUAAGAGAAUUUUCUAAACCUAUCCGUUGUCUGAAUAUAAAUGAACGCUGUGAAUUUAUUGCUUUACCCGAGUGGAAUGAACUUUGUGUUUGGGAUGAAAUGUAUCCCGAGGGGAGUUUAGUAUAG